CUGCAUCUGAGGAAGUCUGGACGAUCCAUGGAGGAUGUGGUGCUUCGCCAAAAUUGCUGCAUAUCAUGAGUCAGAUUAAUUACUGUGCAACAAGGUUGCAUCAGGAUGAUCAAAGCAUUGUGGUACCCAUAACAGCAAAGAAAUUACUCCAACUUUUGUAUGAGCUAAAAUCCACCGGGUCGACCGAGCCUUUUAUUGGCCCCACUACGAAGAUGAUCGAACGGACAGCUUAUGCUUGGCUUCUCACCGCGAUCAUCUAUCUUCGAUGUCGAGUGCAGAGGUAUCCCCCUAGUCACCCAUGUGUGAGCAGGCAUUUGGAAGCCUUAGCUAAAUGCAUCCAAGCAGUCCCGGCAUCUGGCCUUCAUUUCACUGCAAAUGCGCCUAUUCUGCCUGUAUUCCUACUCGGUUUAUUGUCCGCGAAGAACAAAGGAGUCGCGCAAGACUGGUUUGAGAGGGUACUUCAAGUGCCGGUCAGAAGUACUGUCCCUCCCAUCUACGAAGCGCUGAAGCGAACCUGGGAGUGGAAACCGAUAUGGCCUUCAGCCAAAAAUCUACCUUAUUCAAUCCGAGAAAGAGAGCCUUGGUGGGAGAAGCUAGUUGAUCGACUUCUUGUUGAGGCGGGAGGCAUGCUAUGUUUUAUGUAACUCUGGCUUAACUCUGUAAUCUUCCGUUAAUAGUAUCACUAAAGUGUCGCAAAUAUUAAGAUAUAUAUGAAUAUCUUUACUUCUACAUUAGUACAAGUAAAUACAGCGGCCAAGGGUAGCCUUAGUAUCUCACAGCGACAGGCAGGUAUCACCGUUAUAUCAAGACGAGACACACCAGUAGAGGCGAUAGUGUAGAU